AUGAGCAGUUGUGCACUAUCACUAGCUCCAGAUUCAAAUCGAACAGUUGAGACCGCUAACGUUGAUGUCGGAACCGGAAUCCCGGCUGCCGACACCUGGGCGAGUCCCUCCAGGAUCGACUUCUGGAUCUCUUCCGUUCACCAUUCGUAUGCUUCGCCUAGUCUUACAACUCAGAUGAUGCCGUCACCUAUUCUGCAAUCUGGAAUUUUGUCACCUGUCUCGACUCAAUCGCCACUAAGUCAUCAGAUGCUCUCUCCUCAACAGAAGCCUCAAGGUGCUCCAUCAGUCGGACCAGCUGUUCAACCGCAGCAACUGCAAGAUGUGCGACGGCAAGGUAUAAUACUUGGACAAGAGCAAAUACGCGGACAGUUCUCUCAUAUCGUCACUACAGUGUCUUCAAAUAAGAGAACUAACGAAAUGGGCAGACAAAUUCAGAGUGUCCCAAACUCACCUGCGUCGUUGGCAAUUUCAACUCCACCUCAGUCUGUACAGGUACGGCACAGCAGUUUGGAUGCUCAACUCUCCCCAGGAUCUAGCAGUGCUGGCAAUCCUUCACCGUCAUACUCAAAUCACUCCUCGCCAUCGGUCAUUCAGAUUCACAAUGGACAUGGACCUACUGGAUCGUAUGUACAAAGUUCGAGUAUGCAUUCACACACUGGGCCUUCGCUAACUCGCUAUUCGUCUCUGCCGAAUCAGGAACAAAUGCAACACCAUGUCGCGAUAGGUUCUGUGUCCAGUUCAACCAAACAAAUUUUCCAGCAUGAAGUUCAGUCGAGACCGGUUCAUCAGGUUUCCAUACCUGCAACCUCUGUUCCACAGAGAUCUUUAACGGCACAAACCCCGCAAGCACCUUCUCUGCUCCAACAGCAGCUGAGUGUCCGUCCAGCUCGCUCAAAUGCGACGGUCACCAGCGGGCAGCCAAAUGUAGUGAUACAUCAGCAACCGCUUCCGCAGAUUCCUUCUUCCCAGCAGAACGGACAACAAUCAAAGCCAAAACCGAUUCCAUCUCAAGAAUCUCUGUCUCGUCAACUCCAGUCUACAUCGAACCAACAACAUGUCGUUAUGGGUCUGCUCCAUGGCGCUCAGUUGCAGCAACAACAGUCCGAGGGUGUCGCCGGUACCUAUGCCGGAGCAACGGUUUCGAAUCCUCACGUCCGACAGAUCUUGGCAAAUCGAACCUCUCAAACCAUGGCUGGCCCUUCUUCUUCUGCAGGUCAACAGGGUUCUAUGCAAUCACACACCUUAUCGCCUCCGAGAAUGUCGCCGUCAGCUCUUCAACAGCAGGUUGUUGUUCCCCAUGGUAUACUUCCAUCUCAGGCGAAUUUACCAUUGCGGAGCGUCCUUGCUGCUCAACAGCAACAGUUAACACAGCAACAGCUGUUGCAACAACAAAGACAACAACAACAACAAGUUAGUGUACAACAGGCAUCUUCACAGCAACCACUACGAUUGAGUGGUCGAGUUGUUGGAACUGCUUCGGGUGCGCUUGCCACAUUAUACGAUAUGGACAAAUCAGCUACAUCGUUGACGAAUAAAGAUGCUUAUCGCAUUUUAAAGAGACGAUUUAAGUAUCUCGUCUAUGAGAAUGAAUGCUAUCAAGAGGAGUUGCGAAAUUUGCAAAGGAAACUUUUAAAAUUAUCGCGAGAUAAAAAUUUUUUACUCGACCGUUUGGGGCAAUUUGAGAAGUUUUCUGAUAGCUCUGAUGAGGAUUCUGAUGCCAGUCACAAGACAUGUGAUGAGAAACCGAAACCGAAAAAGCGAAUUCGCCCUGCGCAACGGAAGCGCGCCGCUGAUGAUGGUCCGGAAGGAUCAAAUGCUGCAAAGCGUUGCACUGAAGAAAAUAUUGCUAGCAGCCCCAGUCCAUCUGAGUCUCCAGUAAUGGACCCGCGGUCUAGCGUGUGUGGAUCUACUGCUGGAUCUCAGUCUUCUUCCCAUUCAUAUAGACAAGUAAUGAACCCGGCUACGUCAUCCUACGAAAAGAUGCCGGGACUCGGAUCUGUGCCCCCCAGUGGGCCAUCGUUUACGGUUUCUCAAAGUCAAGGCAUGCUCCAAAUGGGAUCUUCUGGUGUGCAAUCUCAACAACCUCAACAGAUUCUGCGUUCUACUCUAGCACGGGUGGUUCCUUCAACAGUUCUUGCUCAACAAUCUCAUUCUACUCAGCCGUAUACCUCGUCGAGCAGGCAUGCUGUAGAUACAAGGCCGAUAGUUGCUAAAGUUCGAGUUGAAUCACCAUCGCUAUGCGCGGUAACCUGUACUUAUCAAGGUGACCAGAUGAAACAGUCAUCUUUGCACAAGGUGCUCUCCCGAGUUCCCAUGAGUUCCCAACAUAUAUCGAUGGAAUUUUCUCAUCAGUCACAAGAGGUGCUUCCCACCAACCCGGUUAAUGGCGACAGUUACAUUGCUUGCUCAACUAGCAGUGCUUUAAUGCCAUCCGCACCUAUGGUUCCGCCUUCACUUGAAUCAAACGUUACUUUGCAACCUGUAUCUUCUUUGUCUUCUUCCUUAGUGAAUGGCUUGUUGCCUGAUGCAGGUGGCAACACUGAGAAGAAGGAGGAAAAUUUCCCUGCCGCUAUCCUAUCUCCGGCCACUUCGCAACAUCGGUGA